AUGCCGUGGCUUGCCGAGACAAGCUCGACCCAGCCGUGGGGACUUAUGUGCAUCGUUUGCAACCGGGCAGCCUCCAGCUGCAAGUUCGGCGACCGGCUUCAGCUCGAAGACUUGAGGCGACACGCUCAGAGCGACUUGCAUCGGCAAUCCUUGGAAUCACUUUGUGCCUCUCUGCCGACUGAUCCUGUGCAGCAGAAGAUGGAUAAUGCAGUUCCCACUCCGGCACAAGUGCGACUCGGUGUGGAAGUCGUACUGUCGCCAGCCGCUGGCCAGAUUGGCACUUAUGCUUCCAAGUGUGAACUUGCAGGGCGGGGAGACCCGCUCAACUAUCCACUCGCCCGAAGCGGAGCUAGCGAACAUCCCCGAAUAGUUGAAGCCGUUGCACAGACUCUUCUCGACAUGGACCGCGAGCUCAUCAAAGGAUGUGUGGCAGUGGUUUUUUCGCAGGAUAAUUCUGGAGACUACGCUUCUAUGCGAGUGAAACUUGUGGACAAAUCCUUCAAUGUCCACUGCCGGCAUCUUCAAAUCAGCUGUGUCCAUGGCAAGAAGGAUGCUUUGCUUCGGGUGCUCCCAGAUGAAGGGGUGUUCACAACAGACGGCGAAUCUGCCGAGACACUGGCAGGACGGAUGGUGAAAGGUGUGUUUCCAAAUUUGCUAUGCACCCAUCGGUGCUUGAUGCAUUCAGCCCAACGAGGGCUGGAGGCGGCCGUGAAAUCAGACACGGCCCUGUCGAAGCUCCUGGACCAGCUCGUCUUCCGCUACUCUGCAGUUAACAAUGUCAAGGACCCAGGCUCCCUGACCCGAGCCUUGCACAAUUGCUGUCGCCUCAAAGCGAAGUUCGACGAAAAGGCCCGUGCAAGCUUGCAUGCUGUGGACGAGCUGGUCGGAAAGGCCUCUUCGGCUUCGUGGGCUCCCCAAAGGUUCGACAGCAUACUAUCGGCUGUCAAGAAAAUAGUCAUGAACCUGGAUAGUAUUCUGGAACUCCUCGUGGAGACGGCUUCCUUCCAGAACUGCCAGCAAGAAUGGGCUAGGAAGCUCCUGGCUGUGUUCACGGCUCCAAAUAUCAGGGCUUUGGCCCUGCUCACGGAGUGGUUGAGCAUCUGUUCCAGGUACGUGCAUAUGUAUGACAAGGAUCCUGUCAAAGCUUCCUCGCCGACAACCUGCAUAGCCAACAUAGCCCGGACCUCGUCCUUGGCCGAUCUUCUGAAGAAGGACGCCUGGACCUUCUUCUUGCGAAAGUCCUGGCUCCAAGUGCCACAUGUCCUGAACCCAAAGUACACGGCUGGCUAUGUUUCUGUAGCAGAGCGAGCGAUGAGGUUCAGCUUCCAGCCUGCAUGGUUCUUUAUUGGGACUUUCAACACUGAACACAAGCAUGGCCACAGCGACAGCAACUUCGAGCAAUCUCUGUGCAAAGAACUCGGCAGUAUUCGAAACAUUUCGAAGAUCUUCCUCGAGAGCAUCACAUGUUGGCACACCACUGGUGUGGCGGGCAGCUUGUGCCCCUUCGAUGUACUCCAGUGGCAUAAGAAGCGGAAGGACGACUGCCUGAAACAUUGCUUCGACCCCUUGGCGGCCAUGCUACAGGUGGACGGUGGCCAGCUAGAGGCUGAAUUUCUGUUGGCUCGGCCGACUGCUUUGCAUUUGGCGAGGGCUGGCCACUUGGACUAUUGGCCUCAGACGAUGAACCAUUGGGGCUCGAGGUUGCCGGUCCUUUGCAAAGUUCGCUGCCUGCUCUGCAUCUUCGACUCGACUUCCGCCAUCGAAAGCAGCUUCUCCACCUACCGGCUUUUCACCAAGGGCGCCAAGGCUUCAAUCACGGAGACCCAUCGCAACUUGUAUAUGAAAGUGUUCUGCGAUGCUCCGCCGCCGGAUAUGAGUUUCAUCUGCGAAUCAGCCGUUUGGAUCGCCAGGCCGACCACAGCCGGCAGAUGCUACGAAGCCACACCGUUUUGCAACCGGGUGUUGCAAACAUACCGUGUGCUGAAUGGCGGGCAGGGGAAGAACACCAAGUCCACGAAUCUGCCCCGCAGGCUGAUGAAAUCCAGACUUCGAGCAAAAGGCCUGCAAGCCUUCGAUCGCCGCAAAACCGGCGAGGUCGUGGCUUUGACCGAGGAGCAGUCGAAGGCUCUGGACCCUUCGGUCGUGGAAAAGAUCGUGGGCCUUGACGAUGUGGUACAGAAGGCCGCCAAGGAUCGCACUUCGCAGAAGCAAAUCGAUUUGCUUUUGUGCUUGAAGAAGAAGGCCCGCGAGAGGCAGGAGGCCUUCAUUCACGGGCCGCGCCACGAAGGUGCUGCAAAGCUGAAGGAGCUGGAGAGGGAUGUUCUUAAGAAUGCCGAGCAGCUGUGCAAGGUCGAGCAACGACAGAUGGCCAAGGACACAAGGACCCUGGCACCCGUGCCAACCUGGGUUGUGAUUGUUGGUGAGGCGACGGAAGACAAGCAUGCCAUCAAGAGACGGGUUCUGGAGGUUUGCAAGCCUGAGCAACAGGUGGUCAUACACGGGGUUACUUCCUUCUUGACUCAGUUGCACAAGGCCAGUUUCUACGAGACGCUGCCCGGCCAGAUAGUGUACCUGUGCUCCAAUUAUGAAACUCUGCUCUGGCUCACUGACCCAACGCUCGACAUCGAAGACGAAUCCGACAAGCAGAAGAAGAGAUCCCACCUCGUGUUGGCUACUCGCCUGUUGGGCGGUUAUGUCUGUGGCCCGAGCUGGUUGGAACGCCUUGCCAACAGCCCCGCACAGGCCUUGCCAGCUCCGAUCCUGCAGCUCCGUUCGGCUAUGCUCACGCCGCAUCAGGUUUACUUGGGCAAGCAGCUGCCAGGCCAUGCUUCGGAUUUCUGGUGGCAGCUUCACAAAGGGCUUCUUAACAGUCGCCUGGGAGACAGUGUUUCGAUGGUCUUACGGGACAAGAAGAAGCACAAGAAAAAGAGAACCCUCAUCGUGGUUCCACAAGCUCUUUCGGGUAUCAAGAGGAACUUGGAGAAGCACAAGAUCCCCGGGAAACUGAUUUCCGUGCAGGACUGUGGAUCUGACCUCUUCUCCUGCCGCGACCUUUCACCUUUCCUGUACAGCUGUAAUAGGUCGCUGUUCCAUUUUCUGUGCUCUGGGGUCAACUUCUGGGGAUUGGGGGUUUUAGAGGCAUUCAAUCGCCUGAUUGUCGGGCGCCUGCUUUGUGAGUCUGCCAUGGGAAAACCGGGGCGGAAAUCCAAGGCCAAGGCGAAAGCCAACCCUGAGACUGAGGCAGCUGUCCCAGGCAGCAUACCCGCCUCAACUGAGGAGUACGCAAAGGCUUGGGACCUCGUGCAGGAAGCCAUCUUGACGUUGAGGGCCGCCGGCACGUGGGUUGAGCACAAGACUGAACCGAAUCCUCUGGCUGGGUUGUGCUCCCUGCCCAACGAUUUCAAGGGGUGUCUUCGGUGCAACCUCGUCUUGGGGGAUUUGGAUUUCGUCAACCCGAAUUUCUCGACCAUGAGCCUUUCGCGGACCGACGUCGCGAGUGCCAGGGCCUACUGGUACAACCCGGCCGCACCGGUCGCAGAGUUGCCCACAGUGACGGCCCUUUGCAGCGACGACAGCCAGCUGUUCCGGCGAUGCUUCUUCGUGGGUCCCCAGAUUCGGCCGACAGUUUCUGGCAUCUUCACGCACAUGGCGAAAAUAUGGAAAAAGUCGCCCAAGAGGUUGCAGCUCCUGCUGAAGUCCAUGGGGAAAAGGUCUACGGCCGAAGACAUCUUCCAAGAGUUUCAGGCAAAAGUUGCUGAUGGAAAGCUCAAGUUCGCGAGCGAAGAGAGCAAGGUGCGGUCGUCGGAUAUGGUUUCUAAGCUCUUGCGGUUGCGAGAGAGGGCAACGGAAGCAUCGACAUGGGAAUUGUUGCGGGAGAUGCAACGAGGCCCUUCUGGUGUGACUUGGGCUGGCCGUUGGAGCUCCGCGGUUCGACUGUUAGGCCCAAGUCGCGACAAAGUCGACUUUGAGUGGUUGAUCAAGCAGCUGGCAAGGGCCUUUGGGAACGAGUUCUUCGACAAGAAGUUCGACAGAAGUGUGGCGGAAAUGACCAAAGAAAGUGUCGAGACGACGUGCAAGGCUCUCCUCGCCACGAGAAGGUUGAUGGCACGGCUAGUGAAAGAAUGCAGUGCUCCCGGCCAGAGCAGAAAGUGGCUGGACUCCCUGGCCGGCAUGCUUUCGCCUGAGAGGAUACACGUCUCCACCGCGACGGACAUCUCCGACGACUUCCUCGCGACGGCGAUGCUCGGAGCGACGGACAGCGAGGCCGGGGUGCUGACCUUGCUCAACGACCUGGCCAACUUGAAGUACCUGAAGGCAAUCGGGGCUGUCGCGGCCUAUGUGAACACUUCGUCAUCCCAGUGGAGCGACCACAGAAUCCAAAGCAUCGUCUCCGAAACGGUCCAGGCGUACGGGAAAGAGCACCUGCGACCGAUCGUACCGCCGGCUGUGACAGAGCCCCCGCCUGCUCCUGCUGAGGAGCCGGAGACUGCUGCUUGGAACGACGCAGAUGUUGCUGCUGCUGGUCCUGGUUCUUCAACUUCGGCCCCUGCCACGGCGGUGCUUCGUGACCAAAGGCUGCGAGAGGCGGCUACACACGAAAUGCAGAGGUACUCCAAGAUGUUGGUUGUGAGCGACCUCGUCGACGCCAACGGUGUCCAGUCUGUGCUUUCUCCGAUGUUGAAGAUGCUGCAGCCCCGCAUGGCCAGCGAGCAGGAGCACCGGGUUUGGGUGUUCGACAGUGCCAUGUUGAUGGAGCAGACGGCCCUGAAACUCUUCGGUCAAACGGCCACCGAUGCCAGGGAUGUUUUCCUGGCCUUUGACUCCGGCUCAGCGAAAGGCGGCUCGGAGAUCCGCCGAAGCUUCGCAAAAAUGCAGAAGCAGCAUGACACGUGGACUCAGACAGCUUGGACCCUGCUUCCUGCCAGCCAGCGGGACCUGGAGGCGAGAGCCAGUUUCCGUGAGACCGAGCCAUCCACUGGGCAAUCCGGCAAAAGACGCAAGAAGGCCGCUAGUCUGUCGGCACUCGGCGGGUCCGAAGGGGCACAUGUGAUGGCCGCCGGCUUCACUUUGCAAGCUCGCGACCUUCGCUUUUUGUCUGCCAUCGGGAUCGAUUCGUCCUACCCCUUCCUUCAUGUGCCUUUGCUGGCCCCAUGCGAUGUGGAACCGCUCGUCACUCGAGAGGACAAAGAGAAGGAGCUCGUACCAUUGCACUACUGGUCGAAGCACCCAUCCUGCUACAAAGAAUUGCUGCACCUGCUUCAAGCCUCAUGCCUCGUGGCCUUCAGUCCUGACCCAACUCUGCUGUUGGCAGCCUUGGAAAUGCGAGUCUCCUGCAUUGUUCUUUGCAGAAGCACCGCCCACAUGAAGGAGCUUCAGGACUACUUGUUUUCUGCCCUUCGCCACAAGAUGCUGGAUGCGAGCUGCACCCGCUUCUACCAGAACUUGGACACCGGCGACGGCAUGGACCAUGCAGCUGCCUUGCGACAGCAGGUUGAGGAGGGUCAGGGCGGCGACAACUGCACGCAGACGCCGCCGGAAACGCUUGCAAUCCAGCCUGCAGACACGGACACUCAGAUGCAGGGUGAAGAAGAGGACCAAUGCGAAGAAGAAGAGCUGGAGGAGCUUGAGGGCGAAGGAGGCAAUGUUGAAGACCUGCUGAAGGAGAUUGAUUCGCCAGUUUGA